UGCCACUCGAUUCGAUUUUUACGACCAUCAUGGCGCACAAUAAGUGUAGUUUGGAAUGGGGAACAGGAAUGGAAAUAAUUCUACAAUCCACGGGGUGAUGCAUAAUAAUACUACAUAGUGGAAUUUUCAAACAUUUUUCCGAAAAUAAUCAACAACUAGAUGCCUUCACAUAUUUGAUUUGAGCUGAUCUAAUUUGCUUAGAACCACUGGCUUUCCAAGCGUUUAGGAGUUUAUUCCGCCGGUGGAACAAUAUGGCUGCUGCCGGUAGGCCUAAUACAGCUGACAGAACCUGUGAUCAGACAAGCCCAUCUACAGAUACAGUUCAAGAUUUUGAGCAUGGACACGGACACUAUUUUACGAAAAAAACUUUUCAUAAACCAACGUACUGUCACCAUUGCACUGAUAUGCUCUGGGGCUUAAUAGGCCAAGGCUACGUCUGUGAAGUGUGCAACUUUGUAGUUCAUGAUAGAUGUUUGAAAACUGUAGUUUCUCCCUGUUCAACUAUAGCAACACAUGUAAUUAAGAAACCUGUUCCCCACUGUUGGUCAGAAAGAGGGCAUUUAAAACGAAAAUUUUGCAGUGUUUGUCGUAAAAGAAUUGAAGAUAGUUGUGCUGUUCGUUGUGAAGUUUGUGAGUAUUGUGUCCAUGCUGAAUGCCAAGAUUUUAGUGUUGCUGAUUGUAAAGAAUGUGCAACCUAUGUCCCAAGUAGAGAUCAAGCAAAAGUUACUCAAUAUCACCAUUGGAGAGAAGGAAAUUUACCUGGUAACUCUAAAUGCCAGCUUUGUAAGAAGACUUGUUGGUCAUCAGAGUGCCUUGCUGGAAUGAGAUGUGAAUGGUGUGGAAUGACCGCUCAUCCUUUAUGUAGUAAAAGUUUAACAAAUGAAUGCAAUUUUGGGUGCCUAGAAAGUAUAAUGCUUCCACCUAGUUCUGUUAGCAUUCCUAGGACUGAUGUUCCCUUGGAAACAAUUAUUGGUGUUGAAAUUAAAAAAAGGGAUGUUCUAAAAAUAUGCAUAACAAGGAGUAUUUCGGAAGAGUUCUCACCUGGUGAAUGCCGAAAUAAGGAAUUUGAUGAUUAUCCUUCGCCAAAGGAGAAGGAUAAAGAGGAUGAAGUUAUCAAGGUUUAUGAUGGUAAUGCAUCAUUGAAAAGAAGAAUGUUUAGGACAAUCACAAUACUUCGCAAUGCUACAAGAGAAGAGAUGGUGUGUGCCGCUUUAAGAGCUUUCCAUAUAUCGGAUGACCCAAAGCACUAUUAUUUGACUGAUGUUUAUGGUGAUCCUCCUGAAAAAGAAAUCGAGGAAUUUAUGCCUGUUCAAAGUUUGACUAGAAAAGAAGGAAAAAGACCAGCUAUUUUAUUAAGAUAUAAACCUCCUGAUCCCGAUUCUGGUACUGUGAAAGUUUACCCGGGAAAAUUUAGGGCAACAGAUACUCAUAGAGUAAUUCCCGUUACUAGUGAUACUACUGUUGAAGAUGUAAUGGCAGCAACUCUUACUGAAUUUGGGUUGGAUACAUCAGAUAUCAAUAAAUAUAGACUUAGUGAAGUUACAUUAGACAGAGGUUCUGUCCACGAAAGAGCUAUGGACAAUCAAGAAGGACCUUGGGAAUUACUGAAGAAUAUAGCUAGGGAAUCUAUACGGCAGAAAGAAUUAACCAGAUUUUAUCUGCAAAAGAAAGAAAAUGUUUCUAGUUCAAAUGUGGCUCUUUUCGUUGGUAAUUUGCCUCCUAAUUUAAAUCAACGACAGUAUGAAAAGAUACUUGUUGACAAGUUAGGUAAACCUUACAAAUUUCGUCAAAUUGGUCCCAUAUAUUAUGAAUAUGGAUCUCUCAUAAUGACCUAUGAUAAUGCAGAUAUAGCUGUGAAAGCAUUUUAUAUGUUGCGAGAAACUAGUUAUGAAGAUAAAAAUCUGUUAGUUCUUCUGUUGCCUAAUAUAAUUCCAGAAAUGAUUCCAGAAGGAACUAGACCGUUAUUAGUGUUUGUUAAUGUGAAAAGUGGAGGUUGUCAAGGAUUGGAACUCAUUUGCUCAUUUCGAAAACUUCUGAAUCCUUAUCAAGUGUAUGACUUGGAUAAUGGCGGUCCACUUCCUGGAUUGUACGUAUUUAGACAUGUAAAAGAUUAUAAAAUUUUGGUAUGUGGUGGAGAUGGUACCGUAGGCUGGGUGCUGCAGUGUUUGGAUAAUGUUGGACAAGAUUCAGAAUGCCAGUCUCCGCCUUGUGCAAUUGUUCCUCUAGGAACUGGUAAUGAUCUUGCUCGAGUUUUACGUUGGGGUCCUGGAUACACAGGUGGAGAAGAUCCUCUUACACUUCUAAAAGAUAUAAUUGAAGCUGAUGAGAUAAGAUUGGACAGGUGGACAGUUGUUUUCCACACAGAUGAUAAACCUGAUGAUAAAGGUGGUGUCACGGCUGUGGCUAAUAGUUCAGUCUCUACAUCUGAAGAUAAUACGGCAAUUUUUGUGAUGAACAAUUAUUUUGGAAUUGGCAUAGAUGCUGAUUUAUGUCUGGAUUUUCACAAUGCAAGAGAGGAAAACCCAAACAAGUUUAAUAGCAGAUUGCAUAACAAAGGCGUUUAUGUAAAAAUGGGUCUAAGAAAGAUGGUGAGUCGAAAAACAUGGAAAGAUCUGCAUAAAGAAAUCAGAUUAGAAGUUGAUGGUAAAGUCAUAGACUUGCCUCCUGUGGAGGGAAUAAUAAUUCUUAACAUUUUGAGUUGGGGAUCUGGUGCUAAUCCAUGGGGACCGGAAAGAGAAGAUAGUUUUUCUAAACCAACACAUUAUGAUGGAAUGCUGGAAGUAGUUGGUGUAAUGGGUGUUGUACAUAUGGGCCAAAUACAAAGUGGAUUAAGAAGUGCCAUUCGCAUUGCACAAGGCGGCCAUUUACGAAUUCGUCUAAAUACUGAAGUACCAAUCCAAGUUGAUGGUGAGCCAUGGAUACAAAGUCCAUGUGAAGUAGUUGUUCUGAGAUCUGCUCUCAAGGCCACAAUGUUACGGAAAAGCAAAAUGAAGAGAAGAAAUACCGAACCAGUUUUAGCAUCGACAACGGAUAAAACUGCGCCAGAAGAGUAAUGUUUUAUCCUGAACUUUAUUCUAAUGUCUGUUCAAAGUAUAGUGCUCCCUAUUUAGCAUUCAACCCAUUUCUGCAUCUUAUGGGUUGCAGAAAAUAGUAUAAGAUUUUAUUUAAAUAAACAUUCAUAUACAAAAGAUGAAGGCCAACAGUGGUUAAAGAAUACCAUGCUAGUCAUACCUCAUCGUCAAGUAUGAAAGUUAGUGGUUUAUUACUCUGUUCAUAUAUAUGUUUAUUUAAGAAGAUAUUUUAAUGUUAAUCGAGUUGCAAAUUACAAAUACUCAACUCAAAUAGAAAAUAUCCUGUUAUAUAUGCUAUGAUGUUUUAUUUUAUCUCAGAGAAUCAUUUUGUUCUCUAUUAGUUUUCUACAUUAAAAAGUGUUUGAAGGCUUUUUGAAAGUUUUUGUGAUAUUUUGCAGCUAAAGUGCUGCUGGUAAUUGCAAUUUUUUGGAAGUGCAUUGUUAUAUUAGUUCUACUAGCUCAUGAAAAGGUACAAUGUACAUGCAUAUAUGGUGGGUGUAUGGAAAACUCAGUUUACUUUUCUCUUUGUGCUAUGCAAUGGAUGUAAAGUCGUCAUAACAGUACUGAUGUACUGCUUCCUGAAAGUAUCAAGUCAGUAUCCUUUGUCAACUAUAUAUUUUUACACUUGAUAAAAUUGUACAUCAGAUAUAAUUUCAUUGAAAUCUUUCAACACAUUUUAUAUAGUAACCAGAAGGAAUUGUUUAUGCUCAUGUUUUUAAAUUUGUAUAGUCCUUUUAAAUUAUUAUUCUAUAAUUUUUAGUUCAAACUGUUACAUUAAAGUAGUUAUGAAAAUUAUUAAAGCAACCCAUUUUAAGUAUUUUUAUUUUGGCGAUUCUUUGAUGGAAUUAAAGUACUUAUAUAUAACAGUUUUAAUUAUGUUUUUGGAGUAAUAUUACUGAAAAUUGCAUUUCUCUAGCUUAAAUGCCGAAGGAUAUGCAGCUGAUAUUUUCAAGUUACAAAACCUCUUUUUUUAAUCCCACAAGUUUCACAUGUUGUUUGCACUUAUAUUACUUGCUCAAAUUUAAUACUAAUAGAAAAGUACUCUGAAGCUUUUAUACACCCAUUAUAUAUAUAUGUAUAUAUAUUUAUAUUUAUACAUACACAUGUUAUACAAAGUUAGAAAUUUCCACUUCUCUAUCUAUGUCAUUGAUUAAAAUUUGAAUUUGAGCUAGGAACAAAA